UACGUCCCAAGUUGUGUUUCUGAGCGCGGGAUCUUUGAGGAAAUAAGUUAACAACGGACACGAAACGCUGCAGGUAGAUCCGUGAAAGCUUUCUUUCAGCUCUCUGGACUAAGUGUUUGCACAGAGGUUUAGGGACGAGCCCAAACCUAACCUUUCAAUCCGCUCUACGAGGUCUUUUUUCCUCGAAACAUGGCGAUGAGAAGUGAAGCGAGAGUGCAGGCAGAAGUGGAGGAAGAGAACUUCGGCCCACAGCCUCUCUGCAGGCUGGAGCAUUGCGGAAUAAGUGCCAGUGACAUCAAGAAACUGGAGGAUGCAGGAUUCCAUACCAUAGAAGCAGUGGCCUACACACCCAAGAAGGAGCUGCUCAACAUCAAGGGCAUCAGUGAGGCCAAAGCAGACAAAGUUUUAGCAGAAGCUGCCAAACUGGUGCCAAUGGGCUUCACCACAGCUACAGAGUUCCACCAGAGGAGAGCAGAAAUCAUCCAGAUCUCUACAGGCUCCAAGGAGCUGGACAAAUUGUUGCAGGGUGGGAUCGAGACAGGCUCCAUCACAGAAAUGUUUGGAGAGUUUCGGACUGGAAAGACCCAGCUUUGCCACACACUUGCUGUUACCUGUCAGCUGCCUAUUGAUCAGGGAGGUGGAGAAGGUAAAGCAAUGUACAUCGACACAGAGGGAACUUUCAGACCAGAGAGACUGCUCGCUGUAGCUGAGAGGUAUGGGCUUGUAGGCAGCGAUGUGUUGGACAAUGUGGCCUACGCUCGUGCGUUCAAUACUGACCAUCAGACUCAGCUGCUGUAUCAAGCUUCUGCCAUGAUGGCUGAGUCCAGGUAUGCCCUGCUAAUAGUGGACAGUGCUACAGCUCUGUAUAGAACAGACUAUUCCGGGAGAGGGGAGCUGUCAGCCAGGCAGGGACACUUGGGGCGGUUCCUCCGCAUGUUGCUCCGGUUAGCAGAUGAGUUUGGGGUUGCCGUGGUAAUAUCAAACCAAGUGGUGGCACAGGUUGAUGGGUCAGCCAUGUUUUCAUCAGAUCCCAAGAAACCAAUUGGUGGCAACAUUCUGGCACAUGCUUCCACCACAAGGCUAUACCUGAGGAAGGGCCGAGGAGAGACCAGAAUUUGUAAAAUCUAUGACUCUCCCUGCCUGCCGGAGGCUGAGGCCAUGUUCGCAAUCAAUGCUGAUGGGGUAGGGGACGCCAAGGACUGAGCUGGAUUGGAAGAGGAAGCUAAUUUUUGAACUGCAAAGGGGUGCAUCAGUAUGAGGGUUUGGUGGUUUGACAGGUGUCCUGUUCAAGUGCUGAGAGGAAGAGGUAGAUCAAACUUAUCUGCAGACCAUGAGGUAUUUUGUUAUUGAAGUUUAUUCUAUUCAACAACAAAAAUGGUUUAAUGUCUGCUGCAAAGGCAUAGUAAUAUUAGAUCAAAACUUUCUGACAGUGUAUGACCAAUACCACCAACUAGAUACUAAUUGUGUACAAACAUCUGUGAAGCCCAAAUUACUUCAAACUGGCAAUACAUUUGUCUAGUGUUUCUGCUCUGAAGGUUUUGUCUUAAAAACAGCAAACCUUUAUUUAAAACAUUUCUAAUGUGUUCAUCUUUAAGCUGUUAUGUCCAUUAUUUUUUUUCUCUAUACAUGUUGCAGAACUAAGUUAAAUCUCAUUAAAAUCUGAAUACUUUGAGCUGUGUGUGGGGGAUCCUUUGAUAAGCUGUUAACUAUGAGUCUUCCAGUUAUGGUGGCUAUGUGAGAAGACGUGUUAUUAGCAAAAGCGCCCCAAGAAACAAGUGAAAAAGCAAAACAACAUAAGUUACCAUCUUUAAGGUGAAAUGCAGAAAGCUAGCGCUUAUGGCGUGGAUUCUAUGUACUCAACUCAAAGGCACAAAAAUAACGGCCUAAUCUUCAUGCUCUGUUCCGUGUCUGCUUGCACACUGGACCAGCUCCUUCCACGCUCAACACCAGCUGUGAGCUUGCUCAGCUUUUUCCGCUCACUCGGCUCUGUCUCUGUGCUAGCGACUACAAAAACUGCCCACUUCACCAAGUAGGUGAAGCUUAACUUCACCUACUUCGAGCACUCAUUUCUUGCAUUUUGCAUUUUUAAUGAGACUGUCAUUUUGUUAAGCAUUUAACAUUAUUAUCAGCAAGAGGUGCCACAAAGAUCCUGAAAAGAACCAGGAGAAGAAGUCCAUACUUAGAGUAACAGCACCUGGGACAUUGCUUGUUGCAGAUUCUUUAAAGCAGACAUAGCUUCAGUAAUGAGUUUCAUUUGCGUCAGAAAUAUACGUACAGCAGGAAAUUCCAGUCAUUACACAUACGCCACCUUGGCUAGCACUUAACAUGUCCAAAACCAUUCUGUUUUGCAGUACCAUUAAACGCAUUUCACUUG